AUGUUUACUGAGUGGAUGGAGAUGAACAAAAAGCAUGAAGAUGCCAGAGAACUAACAUAUGCAGAGUUUCCUACACAAUGGAGAUGGGUUAAGAAAGAAAAGAAGUGGACAAGGCGAAGAAGAGGAAAGAAAAUUGGCAGGAUCUACAAUGCACAUCCUGCAAGCGGUGAAAGGUACUAUCUCAGAGUUCUCCUCAACACUGCAAAGGGUUGCAUGACAUUUGAAAACAUCAGGACUGUCAACGGAGUCGUCCACUCAUCAUACAAAUCAGCAUGUCAUGCGCUAGGGCUUCUUAAGGAUGACAGGGAGUGGAUUGAGUGCAUCAAGGAAGCAUCCGAAUGGGCAUCUGGGGUGCAACUACGGCAAUUGUUUGCAACUAUUUUGUGCUACUGUGAGGUUACUGACCCAAGGAUGCUAUGGGAAUCCAACUGGGAGGCACUCUCUAAAGACAUACAGCACACACCAAGCUGGAUCACGUACUUCCCAACCCCCUUCACUCCUUCACACAAUAGAAAAUGCACUUUAAUCGAAACUGAGAAGAAAAUGGGACAAGCCGGAAAGUCACUAAAGGAAUACCCUGGAAUAGAGCUACCAAACAUGCCCGAGUUAAAUGGAACUGGGAACAGGCUUAUAAAUGAGGAAAUGAACUACAACAAGGAUAAGUUGAAGGCUGAACACGUGCAAGUAGUGAACAAUCUAAAUUUAGAUCAGAAGAAGGCCUUUGAUGCAAUAAUAGAGUCAGCGGAUCAAUCAUUAGGGAAAAUGAUAUUUGUGGAUGGCUAUGGCGGGACAGGUAAGACAUACCUUUGGAAAGCUAUCACUACAAGGCUACGAUCGGAGGGAAAAAUUGUACUCGCAGUUGCAUCAUCUGGCGUCGCAGCGCUUCUGCUUCAAGGAGCGCCUCUUGGGCGGAGCACCUUCAGCACGUUGCCAUCGUCUUCAAUGAGCUUCGGGCGCACCAUCUUCAUCUUAAGCGCUCGAAGUGCUCAUUCGGCACGCCGUCUGUCGCCUACCUUGGCCACGUCAUCUCGGCCGACGGGGUUGCCAUGGAUGCCGACAAGGUGGCGGCUGUCGCAGCUUGGCUGA